UAUAUAAAAGAGGAUCAGCUUCCAAUUACGUUCUAUCUAUUUAUCUAUUUAAUAAUUAGAGAAAGUACAAGAAGUCUCUACUCCUUACGUCUUUUGGAAAGGAAAAAGCAAACCAGGACCCUCUUCUCAUUUCUAUAUAUAGCUUGCUCAUUCCACUUCUCACCCAUCGAAGAAGAGAUCAAAGCAAAGCCAUUUAUUACUCUUUUCUCAGAAGAUUUCCAUCAGCUUCAAAGUUUCCAAACAUGUCACUCAUUCCCAGCAUCCUCGGAGGCCGACGAACCAAUGUCUUUGAUCCAUUUUCACUGGACAUAUGGGAUCCUUUCGAUGGCUUCUUUAGCUCAACGCUUGCCAACGUGCCCUAUUCAGGACGUGAAGCCUCAGCUUUUGCCAAUGCAAGGGUCGACUGGAAAGAGACCCCGGAAGCGCAUAUCUUCCAAGCUGACCUCCCGGGGCUGAAGAAAGAAGAGAUGAAAGUUGAGAUUGACGAAGGUAGGAUCCUCCAGAUAAGUGGGGAGAGGAGCAAAGAAAAAGAAGAGAAGAAUGACAAGUGGCACCGCGUCGAGAGGAGCAGUGGCAAGUUCCUGAGGAGGUUCAGGUUGCCUGAAAAUGCAAAGAUGGAUCAGGUUAAGGCUAGCAUGGAAAAUGGUGUACUUACUGUAACUGUUCCCAAGGCGGAGGAGAAGAAACCUGAAGUCAAACCCAUUGAGAUUUCUGGCUAAAAAAUGUUCGAGUCAAAAAAAUUACUAUGAAGGGAAAAAUGUGUGGCUGUGUUUUGUUUUGUCUCUGUGUUGUCAUGGCCUGCUGGAUUGAGGAUCCUUGUAAUUAAAUCCAAAUAAAGAUUGAGUGUUAUUUGCUUUCUAUCUUAUCACUUGUCAGGUUUCCACUUAACUGGAUCAUCCUUUUACAUUUCUGGAACGAAAAGACAGCCUAUCAAUGUAACCAAUAAUUAGUACAGCUUACUCAAACUUAAGCUGGGUUAUGUUCUGCAGUAUGCAUACA